AUGAUUCCAAUAUUCAUAGUUUUAAGGUUUGCAUAUACUUAGAGUUGUCCUUAUUAUGAAUAUGAAUAGGCAUUAAUACCUCUUGAUAAACAAUAUCAAAAUAAUCGGAUUGAUUCUUAUGUUACUUUGGAUGUUGGGGAUUCAUUUGGUUUUGGUUUUUGGAGUCUUUGUAUUCCACAAUUAAUUUUAAAGGAUAGUACCUAAGUGGAAUAAGAUUUUAUUAAGAAUGAUGCUGAGUUAGGACAACUAUUGUUUUUAGUAAAGGGAAGUAGAAACAAUUCGUUGUUAGGAUUUGUUUAUCUAGAUUAAUAAAAUAUGUUAGUUUAGCAUAAAAUAAUUAUUUUAGGAAGUAACUAAAUAAAUUUAGUGUUUAAUUUUUAACCAAUAAAUUAUGUAGCUAAAUGGAUUCUGAGCUUCAUAACCUUUAAUUUCUUAGAUGGAAAGAUUGUAGUAGAUAUGACUGAUUAAAUAAGAUAGAGUGGAACAAUGAAUUUUGGAUAAGAUUAUAUUUAAAUAAUAUAAGGAGGAAGAGGCUAUGUAAUAUAUUAUAAUUAUAUAUAAUAAGAUUGAGAAUUUAAAUCUUAAUGUAUUUAAAGGAAGAUUGUCUAAAAUAUUUAUCAAUAAGAUUGAUCAAUUAGAUUUAUUUGAAUAUAUGAAAAUUAAUUGUUAGAUUCCUUCUCCAAUUCAAGGUGAAUAAACAAUCUAUUUGGUCAAAGGAUUAUAAAUUUUUGAAGGUGAUACAUCUCUUUAAUAUACAAUUAAUUAAUUUGGAAGUAAGUUUUGUGUUUAUGGUUGGGUUAAAUAUGAUAUUUCAAAAGUAAUUUAAGUUUCUAUUUAUCCAUUGAUUAGAAUAAGUCUUUUUAAAAAUUAUUUUGAUAGAUCAAACUUUGGAGAUGAAAUAUUUUAAAUGCUAAUUUGGUUAGAUAAAGAUGAACCUUUAUAUACUUAUAUUUAAAUUCGUCUAGAUUAUCAUUUAAUUCCAAUAAUGGGAAUGAUUGGUUCUAAACAUAAUGAUCCUAUUCAAAUAAUUCAUGAUACCUUAUUUGAUACUGAUUCUGAAUAUUAUUUUUAAGGACUACAAUAAUGGCAUUUUCUAAAAUAUGAGUAUGGGUCUUAAAUUCCUGGAAAAAAAAGUUGUAUUAAAAUUAAAUUCUUUAAUGAAUUAAAUUUAGUGGAAAUCUGUCGUGAUAUUGCUUAACCAACUAAUUCUCCUUUUUAUGUAUAUUUAGGAUCAGAUGAGUAUGUUAAUGAAUUACUUUAAGCAUCUCUUUUUGAUUUUAAAUUUGAUUAUAAUUAUGUUAUUGAAAAAGAAUUACUAUUUAAUGGUAAGAUAAAUAUAUACUUUAUUUUAGCAUGUCAUUAUACUUGUUUAACUUGUGAUGGUCCUCUUUAAAAUAAUUGUAUAAAUUGUGAAUAAAAUGUAAAUAGAUAAUAUUUAAAUGAAUAAAAGAAAUGUUAAUGUCUACAUGGAUAUAUAGAUGUUAAUGAUGAGAAAGUUUGUUAAUAAUUUAAUUAUCAUUUUUCAUCUGUUGAGAUUUAGGAAUAAUAUUCUCUUGGGGAUUCAUAAUGUGAAUUUGGAUAUUUCAUAUUUAAAAAUGAAAAUGGUUAAAAUGUUUGCAUAAAAUGGUAUCAACAAAUUUAUUAUUAUUAAGUCCAUAAUCUAAUUACUUAGAUAUAUUGUGUGUAGAUUGUGUUUAUUAUCCAUUGACUUGGUAUUUAAAACCAAUCUGUAAAUUCGAUUUAAUAUCUAAGAAAUUGACAUUAACUGACGCAUAUAAAUAAGAAAAACGAGACAUAUAUAAUUAUGACUUUUAUUUGAUUGAUAAAAAUGGAGAGCUAUUUCUACAUUCAGGCUACUUAGAUUAUUGUGAACCUGAAUUAGAUUCUAUAAAUUGUUUUUAAGCAAAAUAUUAACAUGUUGGAUAAACUAUAUAUGUAAAAUGUAAACCUAACUAUUAUUAAUAAAAUGGAGAUUGUAUAUUUACAAACAUGAAUUGUUUACAAGCAUCUUCAGAUGGAAAUUGUUAUUAAGUUAAGGAUGGUAUAUAUUAUCAUAAUGACUAAUACUAUUAAUGUCCUAUAAAUUGUUUAACUUGUAUUUAUGAUAAUGAUAAAAAUAUCGCAUAAUGUUUGUCUUGUAUCAAUCAUUAUACAAUAGAUAAUGGAAGGUGUCUUUCUUGUGGAAAUUAUUGUAGUUUUUGUUAAAAAUACGAUGAUAAAAAUAUAAAUAGAUCUUAUUUAAAAUGCUUAAAAUGUUUAGAUGAUUCAAAAUAUUUUCUAUCUUUUGAUGGCAUGAAUUGUUUUGAAAAUACUAUCAAACAUUGUGAAUAUGCCUUUUAAGCUGUAAGUGAGGAUUACUAAAUUAAUACACUUGACUUAUAUUUUAUACCAAGAGAUGAUUGGGAGAACAUUGAUACAACUUGUGGCAGGUGUGAAUAUGGAUAUGGAGUAAUACUUAAUUCAUAUAUUUGUCUUUCAAUGGUAGAAGUUAAUUGUUACUUCUCAUAUGUUUAAUCUAUUUGUAACACAGUCAUUGAUGAGACUGUCUUAGAUGUAUUGUAUGAAGCAGAUUAUUAUAUUACUCCCAGUGGUGAAAAGAUUACUAUUGCUUUUGAUGAUGAUUGGAACUAUAUUUGUACAACAUUAUAAUAUUGUUUGAUUGCAACUGAUUAUUAGAAAUCAGAAAUAUUCAAAGUCAUCUAAUUCAAUUAACAAUGUCCUGGAUUCAUUGAAAAUUGUGCAACUUGUUUAAUAGAUAAAAUUAAUUGGAGAUCUCUUGUUUAUCUAUGUCUAGAAUGUAAAAGUGGAUAUUACGCAGAUAGAAUUUCAGGUAAAUGUUAUGUAUGUCCUUCUGAAUUCAAUUGUUAUAAUUGUGCAUAAUAGCAAAAGAUUAUUAAAGAUUACUGGAAAAUCAAUAUUAGAGCCUUAUAUUAAAUUGUAAUUAAUUUUGAUAAUAAUCAUCCAUUUAAAUUAUAUGCCUAAAGUGAGAAUAAAGAUGAUUAUGAGAUUUUAUGUACUAUGUGUAUAAAAGGAUACGAAUUAGUUUAAUAAAAAUGUAUUAAAGCCUGUCCAGAAUCCUGUUUAGAGUGUUAAUUUAUUAAUGGUGAAAAUUAAUGUGUUAGAUGUGAACGAGAACAAUAAGGUAGAAAACUUAGUUUAUCUGAAAAUUAAUGUAUUACUUGUCCAUAAAAUUGUGCUUUAUGUAGAAUUAGAUCAUUUGAUGAAAUCUCAUCUAUUAAUCCUCUUUUUAGUAAUCAUUAAUAUUUCACUUCUACCUAUCAAUGUUUAAAGAGUUUUGACGAUCAAGAUUACUAUUAUGAUUAAGUAUUAGGAACCUUUAUUGCGUGUUCAAAUACAGAUAGUUGUGAACAAUCUCUUAUUAUUCCUAUGAAUUUGUAUUGCUCAAAACAAGAAUAUACCUUAGCUUUAAAUGCUUUCUAAUCAACCUAUUAAUAAAAUUAGUUUAAAUUGAAAAAUAUACUUUUAGAAGAUCUUAUUUCUGGAAACUGUUUUAAAGAUGUAAUUAUUAUCAUUAAAUUAUAUAGUUUGAAACUAAUCAUUUUUAUUUAUCAGCCAAUUCAAAGUUAAUCAAAACUAUUAUUAUUAAUAUUCUUAGUAUCAAACCUUAAACUUGUAAAAUUUAAGGAAACGCUACUAUUCAAUAAGUUUUUAGUCAAAAUAUAUUUUCUACUAUGUAAAUUAUAAAUUUAUAUUAGAAAUGUUGAGCUAAAUAUUUAAUUAAAUUAACAUACUAUCAUUGAAUUUGAGAGAACUAUCACUUUCUAAAAUUUCAGGAAAAUUACAAUCUAAGGAGCUUAAUUUAAUCCAUUAAGUAAUAAUAAAUUAAAAUAAAUAAUAUUUCUUAGUAGACUACCAUAAAUAAUUAUAUUGAGAUCCAUUAAAUAUUAACAACUAAAUUUAGAAAAUGAUUAAUCAAGAUUGGUAUUCAAUGAUGUUAAGAAAUUAGAUUUAAUCGAUUUCAAAAUUAUAGAUCUUAUUUAAAAUACCAUAAAUACAUUUAUUUACAUUGCUAAUACUACUUAUGAUAAAUAAAUAACACUUUCAUCUUUUUAAAUUCUUAAUUCCAUACUCUAAAAUUAAGUAACUCUAUUUUUUAAUCUCAAUAAAAAUGAUAUCAUUUCAAUUACCGAUGGAAUUAUUCAAGCACAUUUUUCAAAUUCUACUUUAUUAGAUACAUAAAUAUCUCAAUAGUUUGGAUUUCUUGAUAUGAGCAAAAUUGAUUUUCAAGUAGAUGUACUAAAUUGUUUACAUUUCUUAAAUCUGUACCUUUUUUAAAAAAUGAAAAUGACUGAAAUACAAUUUCAUAAUUCCUUUAUUUUAAAUUCUACUCUUAUCAUUUUGAAUAACAAUAAUCAGAUAUAUGACUUUAUUAUAAAAGAUUGUAAAUUUAAAGAAAGAAGCUAUGGAAUAAUAAAUUCUGAUUCACUCUAAUUGGAAUAUUUACAAAUAGAAUUCUUCAAUCUUAUAAUUGAGGAGAAUGAAUAUCAUUAAACAACCAAAUUUUUAUCGUUUGAUAAAUACAAUAAUGGUUAUUCAAAAAUAAUAAUUACAAAUAUUUUAAUCUCAAAGAACUAUGUCUCAUCAAUCACUUCAGAUUUUAUUUUGAAUACUUAAAGUUCAUGUUUAAUCUAUAUUUCAAUAGAUUAUAUUCUAAUUUCAGAACUCAAUAUAAUCAGAAGAUUUGGAUUAAUUGAUUUCAGCAUAGUUGAAGCUAACUAGUUAAAAAUAACCUCUAGUAGGAUCACUUAAGGAGAUGAAUAUAAAUUUUUAGGACUUCAUUAAUAUCUCGACUGUUAAUUACAAUAAGUGAAGGGAGAAUAUUAUUUACAAUCUCUCUUUGUCACUUCAGUUCUUAAUUUUGAAAUAGUAGAUAUGUAAAUUACAUAGACUUAAACAUAUAAUUCACCAAUUCUAUACUAUAAAUCAACUGACAAAGGAAAAUAAUAAUAACUUGAAACAAUUCUUAUAAAAAAUAUAAUAGUUAAAUCAAAUCAAUUACUAUUAUCAAAUUCAACAUAUUAAACUGCAAUAAUCUUUAUAGAUUCAAUUUAAUAAACUAAAAUAGAUUUAUACAACAUUACUUUUUCUGAUAAUGUUUUGCAUGAAUAUGUUUAAAAUAAUCUCUAAAUUUCUUCCUUACUCUUAAAUUUAAAUUGUAUUUUAGGCAUUAUCACUAUUAAAAACUCUAAUUUCCUUAAAAAUACAGUUUAUAAUAGCACUGAUAAUUUAAUCUAUAUUAAAAGUCAGAAACUGAUAUUAUACAAUUGUACUUUUUAUUAGAAUAGUUAUUUUAACUAUUAAUUAAUCUAACCUUAUUUAUUAUGGGGAUUCUUUGAAUCAGAAAAAGUAUCGAUUGAAUAAAUUAAUUAAAUUUUCAAAGUUAAAUCUACCUCAGGAGUUGCUUAAUUGUUAAUUGAAAAUCUUGAAAUUUCAUACUGUAAAUUUGAGUAAUCAGUAGGAUCUUCUGGUGGAGCAUUAUAAAUUGAGGCAUAAAAGAAUAGCCUAAUAAUUAUUUCACAGACUUAAUUUUAAAAUAUCUCUACUACAUUUUAAUAAGAAUUAGGAUAAGGAGGAGCAAUAAAUUUAGACAGUACUUCAGCAUAAUCUCUUGAAGUUAUUUUUAAAAAAAUAAUGAUUGAAAAUAUUGUAGCCAAAGAACAAGGAGGUUUUAUUUAUAUAUUAUCAGAUUCUGCAAAAAUUAAUAUUACAUUUUAGGAUUUUAAAAUUCGAAAUGUAUAUGCUAAAUUUGGGUCAAUUGUAUAUUUUAGUUUUUCUUCGACUUCUUCAAAUUAACAAUAUGUAAAUAUUGAUUAAUUUAUUAUUGAAAAUACAAAUGAGGGUUUUAUAAAUUACUUAAAUAAAUAUACUUAACUUUCUAAAACAGAAGAAAUAGCUAUUACAAAUAAUCGAGCCUUAUUUUAUAUUGAUUCAGCUACAAAUAUAAUUAUUUUAAAUAUCGAAAUUGAUAAUUUAAUUUUAGAAUCUGUAUUAUAAACAAACAAUAUUUAAAAAGUUUCAAUUGAAAAUUUUUAAAUAUCAAAUAGCCUAAUAAGUAAUGUAAUUUUUAGAUUCCAUCCAAAUCAAUGUAAAAUUUAAUACAUAAUCUAGAUCUAUAUAAUAAUAUCCAGAUCAGUAGUCUUUCAAUAUCUAACAUUACUGUCGAUUUAUAGUUAAAGAACUAUAAUUGUUUUUAAUAAGAUGAUAAAGAUUACCCAGUAUAUUUUAAAUGUGUUCAAAAUGCAAAAAAUAAAAAGGCCCCUCUCAAUUUAUUUCCAUAAUUUAUUAAUUAAGAGUUUAAUUAUGGAGAAUGCUUAUUAUCUUCAAUCAAAUAAUAGAAUGGAAAUGAAAGAAAUUUAAUGAUCGAAAAAACAGAAUCAGGAUUGAUAUAAUUUUUAGAUCUUACAGAAUCAAGUUAAAUAAAGUUAAAUAAUCUCGUAUUUACAUAUAUUAAUUGUAAUUUUUGUUAGAAUGGAUUAUUAUUUUAUUCCUUUUUAAAGAUAGAAAAUCUCAUAAUGAAAUAAUAAAUCUCUAAACUUAAAAUUACUAAUUCUUUAUGUGGAAUUAAUGGAUGCUUUUAUAUUAAAAAAGAGAAUUCUUUGACUAAUCGAAGAACUCUUGCAACUUAAUAAAAAUAAUUAUAAUCUCUUAAUAUGGAAGUUUUUAUCGAUAAUUAUAUUUGUUAAUAUAAUCAAGCUCAAAAUGGAACUUGUUUAUUUGUUGAAAAUGUAAAAAUAUUGAUUGAAAAUUCAAUUUUUUAAUUUAAUAAUGCAUCUGAAAUAGGAGGUGCUAUGAUAGUUAAGAUGAAAAAAGAUGUGUUAAUUACAAAUAGUUUAAUAUAACAUAAUUCAGCCUAAAUAGGAGGAGGAAUUAAUUUAAUUGAUCAAUAAGAUAUGGAUUAUUUUAAAAUUGGAACUAUUAUUUAGAAUAACAUAGCUGAAUUUUUUGGAAAUGAUAAGGCUUCAUUGCCUUAAAAACUAACAGUUUCAUUAAGCGAUGAAAAUUCUUAUUUUUAAACAAAAACGAUUAAAUAGACAUAAGAACUAUUAAUUUAAUAAAUAAUUGUUUCAUCAAGAAAAUUAUUAAAUUAAUAAUAUAUUUUAUUACCAAGUGGUCAAUAGAUUUCAUAAUAUGAAUAAUUUAAUAAAAUAAAUAAAACAUAUUCUCCAUUUAAUUUAAGGUUUAGAUUGAUUGCUUUGAGUUAGGAUAAUAAUGUGAUGAAAAAUCUUUAAAAUUCAUUUUGUAAAAUUGAUAGUAGAAUUUUAAAUACUUCAGAUUUAAAUGAAGAUAAUAUAUUUAGUAAUAAUCUUACUAAUAUGAAGAUUAUCAGUUUUAAUAAUUAAACUUAAGAUUAUAAUUUGGAUGAUUUGAUCGUAUAUUUUGAUAAUGCUCUGCCUUCUGAAAUUGUAUUAUAAUUAUAAUUUAGAUGCAAUUCAAUAUUUAUUCCAAUAUACAAUUAAUAGUACCCAUAUAAUGUGAUAAGUACACACUCUAAUUAUGGAUUGAGAAUUAAUAUAAAGACUUUAAGUUGUUAAUAUGGAGAAAUAAAAAAUAAUACUGAUUAUUCAUGUAUUCCUUGUAAUAGUGACUAAGGUCUAUUUUCUUUAAUUUUAAAUUCUGAAAAAUGUGAAUUAAAAGAUGAUAUAUCAACAAUAAAUGUUUAACCAGCAUUAUUAAAUUUAAAAUUGGGAUAUUGGAGACCAUAUUUUUAAAGUAAUAUAAUUAGUUAUUGUUUGAAUUUACCUGAAAAUUGUUUAGGUGGAUGGGAAGAAGGUGAUAAUUCUUGUUUUUUAGGACAUAUUGGAGCAUUAUGUGAAUAAUGUGAUUUAUAUAAUAUAAGAGGAGAUGGAUAUUAUUCUAUAAAUGAAAAAUAUUCUUGUGGAUCAUGUUUAGAAAAAGAAAAAAAUGUAUUGAUUAUAAUUUUUGUGAGUAUUUGGUAAUAUAUAAUUUGAUAUAAAUUAGGACUUUAAUAUCAAUAUUGAUUUCAGUUUAAAGUACUUUGAAAGCUAUUGAAGAAGUUGUGAGAAUUAUGAAAAUUAUGAUGUUAGGAUUAGCAGUAACAUAAUAUUCUAAUCAAUCUGCUAUAUUGAUAAAGAUGUUAACUAAUUAUUUGUAAAUAAUUUCUUCAAUUUCUACAUUUUAAUUAAAAUUACCUCCUGGACUAUAAAGUACAAUAAACGCAGCUGGAUCACCUAUUUAGACAAUGACUUAUUCAUUAGAUUGUUUUCUAUCUCAGAUUUUUUAAUUUCAGAUUUAAUAUGCUAGAAUGAUUUGGUAAGUUAUAAUGCCUUUUCUUUAUAUUACAUUCUUUUUAUUCUUUUAUUUAGCAGCAGUUAAAUUUUUAAAUUUCACUUUUAAUAGAAGUGUUAUUUCUACAACAUUAAUUUAUAUGUACAUCUAUUUACAACCAAGUUUAAUUGGAGGAUUUGUUUAACUUAUAUCAUAUAGAGAUAUUUCAGGUUAUAAAUGGAUUUAAUCUAAUGUUUCUUAUAGAUUUGAUACUGUUUAUCAUAAAGAAUGGAUGCUUGAGUUUUGUUUACCUAUAUUAGUAUUACUUGCUAUUAUUAUUCCACUUUACUUUUUUUAUGGUCUUUAUAGUAAUUCUCAUUAAUUAAAUGAUUACAAAGUUAGACUUUUAUGGGGUUAUCUUUAUUAUGAAUAUACUAAAAAUGCUUACUUUUGGGAAAUCAUCAAAAUAGCUUAAAAAGAAUUAAUGAUUAUUUUCUUAACUUUUUAUGAUGAUAAUGUUAUAAUUAAAGCUACAAUUAUAUCACUUAUUAUUGGAAUGUAUUUGGAAUUAAGUUUAAAAUAUAAACCUUAUAAUCUAAAUAAUCUUAAUAAAUUAGAUUAUUAUUCUACAAAUGUUUGUUUAGCUUCAAUUGCUUUAGCUAUUGGCAUUUAUGUAUCAGAAUAAUCUAAUUCUAAAGAAAUAUAAAUUCCUUAUGCUAUUAUUCUAUCUGUUUUGAAUCUUAAUAUGUUAUAUACUUUAAUAUCAAAGAUAAUAAUUGAAUAUUUAAAAGAAAGUAGUAAUAUUGAUGAAAAAUUUGAUAAACUUCGUAAUUCAAUUAGAAAGUAUUUCCCUUUUCUAAAUCAAAUUCCUUUUAUGAAAAGAAUAUUAACAAAUCGUCGUGAAUAACGUUAAAGAGUUUCCAAAUUAUACCAUAAAUUAAAAUAAUUCUUAAUACUUUAAGCUAAAGAAAUAAUAGCCUUGAAAAAUUAUUAAUGUAAAAUUACCAUGAGAAGAUAAACGGAACUAAACAUUGAUACAAUCCCUUUAAGUUUAAGAAGUGCAGUCUAAGUGAAAGAAAGAUAAUAACUUAUUGCACCAGAUAGUUCUUUAAAUUUAUCAAAAAAUCCAAUCGCUGCAUUUGUUUUAGAAAAAAUGUAUUUAUAAAUAUCAUAUCCAAAAUUAUAGGAAAUAAAAAAGAGUUGAUGAAAUGGCUGAAAUAUUUGAGGUUAAUAAAGAAUAGUCCUCCUCUAAAGUUAUCAAUUACUUAAAGUGA